AUGGAGGUUACACUUGAUGGCGUGGUGGCUCAGAUCCGCGAGCUCAUCGACAGGCUGCUGCUCGAGCAGGAGAAGGCCGUGCUCAAGUCGCUGCCCCUGGAGGAGCCCACACGGCCGUCCGCGGAUUCUGUGAAGGUUCCCUCCUACAAGUCGGCGCCAUCCUCACCAGUGCCGAUGUCGCCGCCGUCCCCGCCAGCCCCAGCCCUUCCCUGCUUGGAGAUACUUCCCUUUGAUCUGCCACCUUCUGCAUCCAAGUGGCAGUCCAAGGAGAGCGAGCCCAGGGCAAGGUCGGAGAAGCCCAGAGCCACGGUCUCCGCGCAGUCCGGGGAUGGAUCGGCUCCGAUCGCGAAGUCGUCCUUCGGCUCUGCGAACCCGAGCCAAGACCUGAAAAUCACCAAAAAGGGCUCCUUGAGCAUGGAUGGCGUUGAUGUUCGCUGCAAGGAGUCUUCAAGAUCUGGGGAGAUGCCAGCCCGCGAGGGAAGCUCCGCACGGCAUCGGGUCACUUCGGAGGACGGCGGUGACGAGGAUGGCCGCAAGCGCACGCGCUCGCGGAAGUUGAGUAUCAACAUGUCGCGGCCACUCCAAGUGGAGCCACAGGAGGCCGCUGUCGCGGAACGCUUUUUGGUGCACCCAGGAUGGGACCGCUGGGAGGAGUCGUCUAGCAAAUUCAAGUUGAGCCCCCGGCCGGUGUGCCCGGUUCUCGUGCCGAAAGUGCAAUGGAGCAUAACGGCCAGACUUGUUCGAGCCUGGGCGGCCAUUGCCGUGGGGCUGAUCUUCCGCGACUGUUUCAGCAUCCCGCUGAUGUCCUUCGGCACCGACUUCGCAUUCUGGUUUGUGGAUGUCUCGGCCGCCAUGUUCUGGGUGCUGAACAUCCUUGUCUCCAUCUUCCUGGCGAUGUAUCGAAAGACCAUUUGGCACUGGUUCUUGGCGCAAACGUUCCUCGAAGUCAUUCUGGCAGCCUGGCCAAUUUUGGAAGCGCUGUCGGUCCCGCACGAGCUCGAUGCCGCCGUGGAGCCCUUGCAGGGCCAAAAUGAGAGCGAAGUAUCGAAAGGCCUGUCCGCUGAAGACGAGGUCCCAGAGACCGAUCUCGUUGUGCAGAUGGCCGAGCAACAGAAGCAACAGAUUGCUGGAGCGCUGGCAAGGAUGGAUGAGUGCAGGCCGGGCAUAAUUCAAGCUGCCUAUGUUGGCGAAGCCCUCUCCUGCUUGUGCAGAGUCGUACGAGGAGGGACCACCACGAUGGCUCCCAGAAGUUUCGCCACCAAGCGCAUAGAUGAGUUUUGGAGUCACAGCUGGCAUGGAAGGACAUGGUCGAAGGUGUGGACCAUCAUCUACAUGAACAACAACACAGCUGGAAUGCUUUUGGCAACAAUGGCCUCCCUGGUAGUGUGCUUUCUUUCCUGGUUCAGCCUCGUGCCGCACUGGAGCACUCUCACUGGCUCCGUAGUCUAUUGCUCGAUGCUGUUGUUCUGGAGGCCAAGGCGCCGCAUCUUCUUGGACGUCUUGUGCAUAGAUCAGGACAACCAUGAGAUGAAAGAGGCAGCAUUGAUAAGUAUGGGAGCGUUUCUGAAGUGCUCGGAGGCCAUGGUCGUCUUGUGGGAUCCUUCGUACACGCGGCGCCUCUAG